AUGUCGAUUAAUAACCUCCACCCCGAACGGCCAUCAAGCUCUCUCAGCGAAAGUUGGACAACCCUCAGCACGUCAGACAUCCAAUCUGAAGAUGACGCUAGAUCAGAACAAACCGAUACGGUCUCUCUGAUCGGUCAGAGUGGCGCCGACGAUGUGACUAGUCUCGAUGGGAGAACUAGCAGCACGUACGGCGACGACGAGGACGAUGACAAUGACGAUGAUAAUGGACAUUAUAAUGACGAGUAUGGGGAUAAGGAAAGUGUUAUUUCGGACUCACAGGAGCUCCCCAGGCCUUUCUUCGCUCAUGAUGACUCUACUGUUGAUGAUAGCAAUAUUACAACCAAGGCUUGCUUGAUGCAGUCGUCUGAGGCCAUCGAGUUCCUUGAGCCUGAGAACUGGCCGGAAAUGGAACGGAUUGAGCUCAAACAUACCAUUCACAUUCUCGAUGAUACGGAGGUUUCAUCUUUGAGGACUCAGCUCCCGAUGAAAGUGGAUCACAGUCAUCUUGCCAUCACUAUACAGCAGACCAUGACGAAACAGGGGUUGGAGUUAGAUAAACCUUUCCGUGUUCUAUAUGUGGGAAAUCCAGAGUUUCGAAACAUCAUUCUUGAUAAAAUCGGUGAUGUCCUCGUAUCGAGCUCUACCAGUAACCUGGGAACCAGCUCUACAGAGUCUUCUCGGUAUCACGUCGUUCCCACAUCUUUUGGAAUUGGAGCUACCCCGAACUAUGCAGAACUUCUUCCUAUUCAUGUACAACUUAUCGUUGACGAGUGUUUAGAUGCUGCAUCGGUCAAGACUGGUCAAAUUACGUUAAAAUUCAAGAACCGUCCAUCUUGCACAUCGUCCUGGAAUGGAUCUGAGCGCCACAUUCAAUCAGAGGCCGAAUGGAACGUACCAGAUCUCGCCAUCAUCUUCAUUUCUGAUGGUGAUUCCGAGACUGCUGUGCAUACCAGGACGCUCGCUCACGAUUUCAUGAAAGCUCAUGGGGUCCCGGUCAUGGUCAUAUCAGAAGAGCCGUUUUGGAAGAAGCCUAGCCAGCAUUUCUUUAAUCUAGAUUAUCAUAGCCUACACCUUUGUCUAGAAUCUCGUCGUCCGCUGACAGGAGAAACAAUCGUUCUGCGACGAUAUCCUAUUGAUGUCAAAACAUUCGAAUCAAUCACUCCCAGUCAAUUGAACCGACAUCUCGCAUCGCUCUCCGGUGGAGAUUCGAAGAUAACGUCAACUACAAAACCACCACUCUUCUCUUCACUGAAAUCCAAAGUGUUCUAUGAUAGCGAAAAAUAUCCGACGAUACAUUUCUUUUCGCCUUAUACUGAGCGUGCCCAAGAGUUUGCGCCUUUCUUACGUCUUGUAAUGCUGUCAAUUGUUCUCGCUGUCUCUGUCUCAUUAGGCUAUACUGUAUUUCGUGUUUUGGCACUUCUUUGCGUACAAUUAUUUACUAGUUCUGCUGUCUCUAAUACCACCGGAAUCGCUCCAGGCGCAACAAUCACUGCAGAAAUCAUUUCAUCAACAGAACUAGCUGGAGCGACGUCGGUUGCCUUGAGAACCCACAGCACUGAUCUUUCCCGUAUCGAGUCGCUUUCCAUAUCGACUGUCAGCGAACUUGCUGAGAUAUCAAGUCUGCUCGCCGAUCCGCAAAGCAACGGUGAUGAGUUUCAAUUCCAGGUUGUUGGAGACUGCCAUGUUAUCAUCAAGCCACCCACGGCAGUGAAACAAAACAAAUUCAAUGUGAAUGUCACCCGCGGAGAGCAAUCGCUUUCUUAUGAACUUUCCAAACUAUUUGACGGCGUGUACACACUCCGGCUGAACCGGGAGGAUGCAUACGGCCUUGUCAACUUGACCGUCUCUGUGAAGUCGCGACGGGCAAAGACACAGACUUUUGAAGCAGACUUUGGCACUCCCUGGUUGAAGAUCGAGAAUUGGAAGCGAGCUGCACAAGCCGUCUCGUCACAAAUCAUGAAAGACUGGGGCUCUGCUCAGACCGGGCUGUCGGAUAUUUACACACGGCUUUCCACUGACGUUCAAGUAUGGGUGGGCGAUGUCGUCAAGAAAUCGCAUUCUCUUCGAAGGGAAGUAGAAUCACUUCACUAUAACCCUACACAAUUCAAGACAACUCGAGAUGCUAUUAUUGCACGAUCAAGGGAGCUUAGCGAGGUUGUUACACGCAACGCCCUACAACGAAUAACCGAUGCUUCGGUGGCAUUGGAGAAAGUGCACGAACAGAGCAAGGCAUUGAACAAGGGGCUCUACAAGGCUGUCAAUGAUGCCGUUGACUCGAUUACCGCUCAUUCCAAGGAUCUAGACAAAUUUACGAAACGCUUUCGAGACAUCGAUUUCCGAGAACUGAAGACUCUAGACUCGCUAGUACGAGCCCAGAAAUCCGCAAAGAAGCUCACUGAGCGAAAUUUCAGACGGCCCCAUUCUCGACGAGGCCAUGCGAAGAAGAAAGUUUGA